AUGACGGACGAAUACGAUACAUCCUAUAGAGAAGAGGAGGAGGAGGAAGAAGAAACCACCGAGCAAAUUUUGGAGUCGAUUGCCGAGGAAGAAGAGGUGGAAGAAGAUGAAGAAUUGAUACAACAAUCAAUGCUUCCUUCUCGGAAACAUCAAAAAAUCAGCAUUGAAACUAUAGAGCAGAUUAAACAAAUCGUGUCUUUCAACCAAUAUGACUUAAUCGAUGCAAAGGGUGGUUUAGAUUUAGUUGUAGUAAAUGGAGACCAACUGUUAACACAUUUCUUGAGAGACUCGUUAGGUAAAACCGAACUCAACAGCUCAAUUUUUAAGUUAGAUUGGACAAAUUAUGGUGGGCAAUUUCUUCACUUGACAUAUCUUGUUGAAUCCUUUAUCAAGAAUUUAUUGGAUAGAGAUAUGAGAAUUGACGUUGUUUUCUUCGACGACACAAGCAAUGAUAAGUGUGUCAAAGCAUCAUUUCUUUUGAAUCUUGCCCAUGAGAUUCACAAAGAAAAGAACAUUCCUUUUGGUUAUUUGGCUUGCAGCUUUUUGCUUGCAAAGGAAGUAAUUAUUCAUCACUUGUCUAAAGUUUGUGAAAGAUAUGUCACAAGCGAAUUAUUCAUAGUUACUCGAUUGAAUGACACAUGGUACAAUUCAAGUUCAUGGGAAAAUUUACUAACGAAAAGAAAACCCUCCUUUAUCAUCUCUACUCUUGCUCUACAACCUUUUGGCUUUUCAAUGGAUGACCUCUUUUGCACAGACAGUGUUCUUAUCAAACACGUCACUGUGGCUUAUGAUUUGUGCUUUUAUGGCAACACAGUAAUCGGAUUUUGUUCUGCCAUUCGUGAUGCUAUGACUCAUUCAUUCAAACCAAAGGAUGCCGAAAUUUUUUUAACCAAAUGUUUUAACGAAGAAAGGUUUAAUGAAAUCUCAACAUUAUUCUCUGAAUGUGCAAUUUUCGAUGAUGCAAAGAAUAUUUCUGAAGCAAGAAAUGAAAUUUCAAGGUUGGUCGAAAAGGAAACCAAGGGAAUUCAAGAUGAAUAUUUCAGCAAAUGGAUUACAAACGCAUGCUCACGAAUUGAAUUGAUCGUGCUAGCAUUGAAAGAUACACUUGAGCGUCAGACUUUGUCAGUGCCAAAUUCUUUAUCUCUUGCCAAAAUAUUAACAUUAUCUGUGCUAACACAAUACGUUAUUCCUCUCAAAGAUAGAGCUCAAUAUUUAUUGGAAAAUGUUUCAUCUCCUUUAAUGUCCUUUAAUCAGCACGUGAUGCGAUCAAUUUUCAUAGUAUUGAAGCAAAUUCCAACGUAUAUCAAUCUUUAUGACUUGAUUGACUUUAGAUUGUUCACAAAGGUGACCACAUUACUAUAUUCAAUGGGAAUUCUUCAAAAGUUGACCAAUGAUCGCAAUGACGAUGAAAUUUUAGCUGCACUAUUGCCAACUGAGCUGCAACAAAUGUUCAAGACCAUUUGUACCUGUUUAAACCCACAAAAGGCAUCGUUCUCAACAGAUAAGCACUGGUGGGAAACAGCUGUGAAGCCAUUAGUAGCUGAAAAUCCUGUCACUGAAGGAAAACCUGCUCACCCUGAAUGCCUACUUCGGCAGUUAUUGCCUAUUGACAACGAAUCGCUCAACAAACUCUUUGACGACGUCGAUUUUAUUUUACCUCACCAAUCAAAAGAACAAUCCAUUGCGCAGGUAGAAGCGCCAAAAGCCAUCGAACAAGAACAAACCGAUGAAGAUAUCGAGGAUUGGGAGAAAGAAGACUGGCUGAAAGAAGAGCCACAAGAAGUUGUUGAACAAAAAGAGGAAAUUCAAGAGAAUCUCACUGAGGACGAGGCUAGAGAGUUGAGAUUUGAAAAGUCCUAUCCACUACGAGAGCAGGAAAUUAAUUACUCAGUGAAGAAAGAUCUCGAUCAAAUUCCAAAUGACUUCUCUGGACCACGAACAGAAUGGGAAAAACAAAAAGUUCAAGAUGCCCAGAAAAGAUUGCACCACUAUUCAGAGUCUAUUCGAUCUCUCUCUGACAAGAAAGUUAUUGAAACUGCAAAAUCUGCUGGAGUUGAAAACACAAGUCCACAAAUAGAAUCAAAACCAUCCAAGCCUGCUACUAAAACCAGUCAAAAGAAGGAAGCUGCUGCUUCUGCCAGUACUUCUGUGUCGUCAGCAACUCCAUCCACAAAGGUUAGACUUAUGAUGAUUGAAUCUAACAUCAAGAAAAGAGAAAAGGAAAUCAAUGAGGUAGCAUCCAGGUAUUCAGAGUACAUUCAAAAGUUUUCAGAGUUUAUGAACAAGUCGGAUGAACUGAAGGAACUUGGUCCUAAGCUUGAGCCAUAUGAAAAUCUAAUCAAGCUUCUCCUUGAAGGGGUUUUUAAAGAUAUCAGAGUAAUUCAAAACAUUCAAUCCACAGCAACCGAUAGCUCAAAGAAAGUAGCAUCUGGAAGUUCUGACAGCUACAAUGCAGCAAAUUUAUUGCAAGAACAAAGAAUGACAUGUGAAACUGUUUGGAUUCAGCUUACUUUACUCAGAGCUCAAUACAUGGCACGAAAAUUAUUACUCGAUAGACAAGAUUUACAAAACUCGUUGAGAAGACAAAAUCAGCCAAAAAAGGGUGUUAAAUUCUUAAGCUUCGGCGAUGAAGACUCAAUCCCAACGGACAAAAAAGAAAAAGACGAAAAGAAAAAGAGUGCCUUGAAGAAGGAUGACACCACUGCAACGGAUGGUGGUAGUUCUUCACAAAUUGCACAAAUAAGUAACCUCUCAGGGGGAGCUGAUUUACCUCUUUACUUGUACUGGGAACCUUUUGAAAUUGCAAACAGAAUUUAUGAAAUUGUUUCCCAAUUCGUCAGUGAUACCUACAUCUCAGACAUAUCCGUUUUAACUUCACCAAGUCAAGAAAAAUCAGAAAAAGCGUCCAAGCCAGUCAAAAAUAAGAAACCAGCAAAGGGUGACAAGAAAGAAAAAACUGAGAAAGUUAAACCAAUCACCAAGAUUGACUUGAAGAACAUCACUCAGAGUUUAAUCAACAUGCUCUGCGAUCUUGGAUUUGUUAACUUUGGUUCCCGACUUGCAGAGAAGUUUAACUCUGGAGACAUUACAUACGGCUCUCUUAUCAAGGAUAAUUUAUUGCAACAGUCAGAUUCUGACUCCCUACCAUCUGAAACCGUUAAAGUUAAAUCUGACUCUGUCAAUGACAAACCAGAGUCUGCAGAGUUUCAGUUGAUGUUUAAUAGUGCCAUUAUUGAAAGUGCCAGCAACAUUGAAAUUCCUCCUCCAGAAAUACCCGAGACAGUGGUAAUCGAUUCAAAAUCACACAAAGCUGUUAAAGGUCAUCCCAAGAAGGAAAAAUCAUCCACACACAAGAAACAAGCCGAAGAAGAACCCGUUCAAGCUGCAGACGACACCAGUUCAGUUUCAAGCAUUGCACAAAAUUAUGUCUUGCCAUCUGCAAAGAGUCUUGGAUUCACUCCAGAUCCUUGGCAAGAGCAAAUGAUUCUCUCUAUUCUUCAAAACAAAUCUAUUUUAGUUAGUGCUCCAACAAGCUCAGGAAAGACAUUCAUUGCUUUCUUUGCCAUUGAGAAAGUUUUAAGAGAAUCAGAUGACGCAAUAAUUGUCUACUGUUGUCCUACAAAAGCACUCGUAAAUCAAGCGUAUGCUGAAGUGUACAGCAGAUUCCAAAAAGUAUACAGUAACACCUCUCAAUAUGGAGUCUCCAGUAUGCUAGGAAUGUACACAUCAGAAGAAAAGAUCAAUGUCACUACUUGUCAAGUAUUAAUUACAGUCCCUCAAUCGCUCGAAAAUCUUAUGACCAGCGCUGAAAAUCUUGAAUGGAAGAGAAGAAUGAGAUACAUUAUUUUAGACGAAAUUCACUGUAUCAAUGAGUCAUCAUCUUCUGGCCAAGUCUGGGAACAUGUAUUGAGCUUAUUGGAAUGUCCAUUUAUUGCCCUCAGUGCAUCCAUUGGAAAUCCAAAAGAGUUUGCAGGCUGGUUAAAUGAAAACUAUAACAAGGAUAUCGUUUCUCAUGUUUCAUUCUUGAACGAACAACAAAAGAGCGUAGAACUAGUGGUUCAUGACGAAAGACCACGCCCUCUUGAAUUCUAUAACUAUGACACUGCAACUGACAAGUUAACAGAAAUCCAUCCUAUGGCAACCUUGAAUCCAAACUCGAUUGACACUGUGCUCUUUUCUCACAUGCAAAACUUUUCUCCGCUUCAAUGUCUUACGUUGUACAAGAUUGCUCUUUCGAUUAAGCAAUCAUGGACAGAACAAUCACGCCCUGUACCCUCUUCUGUCACUGAAUUUUUGACUCAUUACAAUCCUGAUACCUUCUUUAACAACUUUGGUCUUAUUAGACGUCAACAAUUUGCGGCCUAUGGUAAAUCUAUGAAGGAAGGGCUUAUUAACAUGUCUAGUGAAGUUGAAAAUCAUGAAUUUUUACUUGAAAUUACUAGAACUUUGUUAAAGGAUGUUAAGGCAAGCUUUGAUAACAUGGAUGUUGAAUACGAGUCCCAACUGCAAUCCAAGGAUGCCAAAGAUUCUGAUAACAUCUCCGAGUCUGAUGUAGUCUCUACGACCUCAAGUAAGAUCAUAUCGAAGCACAAGUUUGGUACUGACGGAUGGCUAAAGGAUAAUAUCAUUCCACUUAUUACACGCUUAGCAGAAGACAAAUUACUUCCCUCAAUAUUCUUCAGCUUUGACAGACCAAUGUGUGACUUCCUUGUGAGAAAAGUUGCAGCCCACUUGAGAACUGCACGUGCCAAUUCGCAACUUGGAAAUUAUUUCCAUCUCUACUCAUCUGGUUUAGAGAAAGUGAGGUCUGAGAAGGAAAUUCGUUACAGUUUACAGAGCUUGGAACAAUUUGGAUCAUUAAUUCCAAUUGAACUUCGAGAAGCUCUUGAAGUUGGUGUGGCAGUGCAUCACCACAGCUGCCCAAGCGAAUAUCUCACUGAAGUUGAAAGACUUUUCAGACUUAGAUGCUUACCGAUAGUUAUCUCGACUUCAACUCUUGCUCUUGGUAUUCACAUGCCAUGUAAGACGGUUGUAAUGGUUGGACAUUCUAUUUAUUUAACAACUACAAUGUUCCAACAGUGCGCAGGAAGAUCUGGACGAAGAGGUUAUGACGUUAAGGGUAGAGUUGUUCUUUAUGGUAUUCCUCAUGUCACUGCCAAUAGAUUACUUUCUGGUGUAACUCCAAAAAUUAAGGGUGCUAUGGGUCUUCGGUCGACAUUCUUGCUCAAGAUGUUAUCUCUCCUCAAUAAGUCACAAAACGAGAAGGAAAAGUUGCAAAUUGUCACAGAUGAUCUUUCUCGUUUAGUGAACAAGAAGAUUUUCUAUUUAGGCCAAAUUUUAGCCAACUCUGAAAAACAAAACAAAUUCUGCAUUAGAUUUAUGCUAGACUUUUUAAGAAGAAAUCUCUAUUUAUCACAAGAUGCCUCGUUGGGUGAUUUUGCACAACUUAACAUUAGUCUUUUCCACAACGAACCUGCUAACUUCCUUUUCAUUCAUCUCUUGCAAACAGGAGCAAUUGGGCAAUAUUUAGAGACUUGGAAUGAAAAGCUUGAGCAAACAACACUCAGACCAGAAGAAAAGGUUGAAAUGUUAGGUGAAAAAUUGCUCAUUCUUUUGAAUAUUCUCUUUGAACCCCGAAAGCUUUCACACUGGGAUAUUUCACCAUUCAAGUUGGAAAACUACUUUGGUACCACAAACUUUGAAGAAAUUUCUUCAAAGAAUUCAACAAAAACCAAUCUUCCAGCAAAUAUUCUGUCACAAUUUAAAGACUACAAUCGAAUUUUAUUGAAAACGUACAGUACAUUUGUAAUUGCCUAUUGUAAGAACUAUGCCAAAGAUGUUUUGGAUAAUUAUUUACCACUUUCCGAAAUGAAAUUCCCAGAAGAAUCUGAAUAUAUUGAAAAAUUGUAUCAAACUUCAGAACUCUGUAAAGCAUUGCAUGACGGCAAGCUUCAAUACUAUGGAACAAGCAGUUUCGCUGCAUUGAGUGGUAUUGAUGAUACCUUCACUCAUAUCAGUCAACUGGUGAGUUGUAAAAACCAAAAUGUGAUUUUGGACACCUCUUUAUUGCCAUACCUCGAAAUUGUAGAAAGAAUAUCUCAAAAUGCUAGCAUUUCUCUAAGCUCCUUUGCUGUUGAGUUCUUAAGAAAUGGACAAAAGAGACAGGUCACAACAGAUUGUGAUUUUCCAAAUCUUUCUUUGUGUUUCAACUCUCUCAAGAAUGUGGAUAGAAUAUUGGGACAAGUGCUCUACAAUAUUUACCUUUUCAUGAACAUCAAGAAUGGAGCUAACAAUGACCUGUUCAUGUCUACACUCACAAAAGUGCGAACAAGAUUCCACGAUAGAGUCACUGGAGGAAGAAAAACGAGAAAGAAGGUCAAGCAACUCAAGACGAUCAAUGUAGAGAUUGAUGAUAGAGACUUGAUUAAAGGUAGUGGUGCCAAGCUUAAGAACGCCACAAAGCACACCAAAAAGGACGCUGUCACAAAAGAAACAGGAUCCUUAAUGGAAUAG